AUGAGUCAGGAUUUGUCAACAAGAGGAAACUUAAGGCAAAUAAUCGAAACUAUAAAAAAGGAUGAUUUAAAUACAUUCAUUAAUUUUACAAGAUCAGUGAGUGUUCUUACAACAUUUGACUAUGAUACCACUGAAGAUACGUCAGUUCGUCAAACAGGAGCUGUGAAAAUCACCGUAUUAAAGGCGGCAACAUUUCUCCACGUAGCUGCAUGGUAUUCAGCUCAUCAAAUAAUUGAUCAUAUUUUACAGAAUAAUGCGGCGUCACUCAUUGAAAAGAAAACAGUAAGCGGUUUCACUCCAUUGCAUAUUUCUGCUGGAGUUGGAGAUUUUGUGGCAGUCGAACGAUUAUGUAAAGCUGGAGCCAAUCCUGAAACUACAGAUACAAAUGGUAGAAAUGCAUUGCACCACGGUGUACUCGGUGAUCCCGAAACUGCCGUUGUUCUUUGUUGUAUUAACCAAAACUUGGUUACUGCUACAGAUUCUAAAUUUCAAACUCCUGUUCAUUAUGCUCUGGAUCCAACACGUUCAGCAUGUCACAAGUUCUUGGCUGCAUUACAUCAAGCAGUUAUGGAACCGAAGAGAGAGCGUUCAAACGCAGCUAUAGAAAAUGAUAAGAAUUUAUCGUUUACAUGGAUUCCCUUGAAUAUCAAGGCUCCUGUUUGUUUAAAGCCAUUAACAAAUCCUUCUUAUCCUGAAUUAUGUACUUGCAAUACACCUUUAAUUGAUCAUCAAGAAAUAACAAAAAAUCCUCAAUUUCUUAAUGCAUUAAGAAGUGGUAAAAUGCAAUACUACGAUUUACCGACAAAAACAUUCGGUGAUAUUGAAUUGACUACAGGUGUCUAUUCACCAAAUUUUGUUCGAGUAUCGGAUCAAACAGAUCCAGAACAUUUAAUGCAUAUUUUUACUAAAAUUUGGAAUUUAUCACGUCCUCAAUUAGUAUUGAGUUUUUACGGAGAUUAUACGGAUUCCAAAACGAUUCGUGAAAAAAUACGACGUUUAAUUUGGAAAGCUAGUGAAUCUACAAAAACAUGGGUUAUCACUGAUGGCAUGAAACGUGGCUUAUCAGUUGUAGCUAGCGGGGCAGUAAAAGAUUUCAUUCAAGCUUAUGGAGAAGGUCAAGUUGAAGCUGUCGGAAUAGUACCUUGGAAAAUGAUAUCAGACAACAAAGUAUUUGUACCCGAUGAUUAUUCCGGAUUUCCCUCUGCAGCAUUCUCCUCAACUGCAACAGAUACCAAUAAACAUUUCGUUUUAGAUCCUAAUCUAACUCAGUAUAUUUUUGUAGAUACUGCUAAACAACUUGUACCACAUUACGAAUAUAAUUUUAGAGCUUCAAUAGAAUUAAUCCUCAAAAAGUGGAAUUUAAUUCCAGACAGCUCAUCACAAAUCUUCGCAGAAGCUCCAAUUCAAGCUUGUGCAUUUCUUUCCGGUGGAGACGAAUCAACAUUGAAGGCAAUAUAUGGAACAAUGCAAAAUACAAUUCCUGUUGUACUUUUGAAAGAUACUGGCAGACUUGCGGAUAUUAUCAUUCAGUGUAUUGAAGAUACUGAACUUGGGUCUAAGGCUACAUAUAAAAAAUCAAUCAGUGAAGGGUCAAUUGGAACGGAAACAUUUCAACUAUCAUCUGCAAAUAUUAAACAAACUAUGGAAUAUUAUUGGGAUCAAAUUACACAUCCAGAGUUAUCUGUAUUAAUGAUUCAAGAAAUCUUGGAGAAAACAUUUUUAUUUAGUAUUUGUGAAGCAGAAAGUGAAGAUGAACAUGGUGAAUUAGAUUAUCAUCUUUUAUCUUUAAUAAUGAAUCCUUCUAUGAAGGAGAAUGAAAAACCUGAUGAACUAAACGAAACUCUUCUUUCCAUUGCUAUUGCAUUAAAUAGAAGUGACAUUGCCAGGGAUAAAGUAUUUAUAGAAGGAUUGAAGUGGGAUAAUUCCAAAUUAGUAAAACAUAUGAAUUCAUUAUUAUUAUCAAACAAAGUACAAUUCAUUUGUGUAUUUAUCGAGAAAGGAUUUUUAUUAUCGAAUUAUUUAACUGCGGAAACACUUCAGCUGCUUUAUACUCAAUCAAUUCAUUCAGAACAUCCUGGUGAAACUUUGAUUAAUGUGAUUCGUGGAUUUGUUAAGAUUCCAGAUCAGAUUAGUCUUUAUUUGAUUGGUCGUGCAUUGCGUGAACUUAUUGGUAGACAAUUUUGCCCGACUUAUUUGGCUCCUCACUUUUUCUUAAUAACUACUGGUGCGCCAAAAUCACAAAUAUUUGAAAAUCCUGCAACUGAUUUAUUUAUAUGGGCUUUAUUGACUGAACGAUCGGAAUUAGCCGAUUAUUUUUGGACACAAGUUCAAGAUCCACUUCCUGCUGCAUUGUUUGCUGCUUUAUUACUACGGCGUUUAGCAAUGAAUGCAACAUCUUUGGUAACUAGAGAAGGGAUGUUUGAAUAUUCAAGAUCUUUUGAAUCGAAAGCUUACAGUUUAUUAACUGAAUGCUUUAACGACAAUCAAAGUCUUUCAUUUAGAACAAUUGUACUUGAAAGAAAAUUAUUUGGACACAUGUCAUGUCUUAUGCUAGCUGCUGAAGGCAAAUCCAUGAGUUUUAUUUCACAUCAGUGCUCUGAACAAUACCUUGAACGUGUUUGGAAUGGAAUCAUUGAUCCAAGAUCAGGAAUGUUUCCGUUUAUUGUAGCAUUAAUAAUUGGCAUAACCUUACCUCCAUUAGUACCAUUGUCAUUGAAAUUCAAAGUUAAAGAGAAUGAAGCUAGUAAAUUGGAAACAGAUAAAAAAUCUAAAAUGUCAUCCGAUAGAAAAUUGUCUACAGAUGCCAAAAGACAACCAUAUGAAGCCUCUCAAAGUGCCAGAAACUCAUUAUCUUUAUAUUUUCAAAAGCUUCAAGGAUUUUAUAUAUCACCUUGUGUACGAUUUUCAUAUACAACAAUCUCCUACAUUGCAUUUUUAUGCUUUUUUACCUACGUUUUAUUAUUUACUGUUGACCUACUCUUACCCGUGUAUUCAUUUCAAAAUGUUCUUUUAUAUAUAUGGGUGAUUUCUUUUAUUGCAGAACAUAUACGUCAUGGAAUAUUCGGUGGAAUUCCAUUUAAAAUAUAUUUAACGAAAUUGUGGAAAUGUUUGGAAAUUAUGGCUAUUGUUAUAUUUAUACUUGGUACAGCAUUGCAACUUUUAGUAUUGACUGAAGAAGCUGAAAGAUUAUCAUUUACACCAGUGAAUCCAGCUAGUGCUAUUCAAGAAGCUUUAUUACAAUUGGCAAGAAUAUUUUACGGACUUUCAUUGUGUAUAUUCUAUCAUCGUAUUUUAGAAUUAUUUACAGUUAAUAUACGUUUAGGACCAAUGGUUAUUAUGGUACAAUCUAUGAUUGUUCGUGAUUUAAUUCCAUAUUUGGCUUUGUUCACUGUUGUCUUAACUGGAUUUGCAAUAUUACAAUGGGUUACCGCAUAUCAAUCAACGGCUAGUUUAAAUCCAGUGACAAAUUUAUUCACUGUGUUCAAAGCUUUACAACUGGCCUAUUUUCAAGUGUUCGGUGAAUAUGGAAUGGAUACUUUAACCGGUGAAGUUUUAUUGGAUUCUUGUAAAAAUGAUAAAAUUAAUUGUCCUGGAGGCUGGUCUACUUGGCUAUCACCGAUACUUCUUGGAGUAUAUGUAAUACUUACUCAAGUUUUACUUCUCAAUCUUGUUAUUGCUAUGUUUGCCUCUACUUAUAUGAGAAUUGAAUCAGCAUCAACGAAAUAUUGGGCGUUACAAAGAUAUCAUAUAGUGGGAGAAUAUGUGGAUCGUUCACCGAUUCCACCACCUCUGAACUUGAUAUGGUAUAUCUACUUAAUAAUACGUUAUAUUAUAAGAGGUUGCAAGAAAAAUCCAUUGAAAAUUAACAAUCCUUUUAAAAAAUCCUAUGAACCUGGAUCAGCUCAAGAAGUACGUCUUACACAUUGGGAAAGAUUACGUUUCUGGGAUUAUGAUCGAUAUAUUAUUCAAGGUAAAAAACGGAAACAAAAAGGCGGUGGAAAAAUGGUCAGUGUCCGAACUACAGUAAUGCAAAUGAACAGAGGUGCGGAAAUGUCAUCAGAAAUAGCUACAGCUAUCACAACAUAUUACAAUACAACACACGAUUUUCUAACAAGAGUUGAGUCAAAAACUGAAAGACUUAAAACUGUUGAAGAUAAAGUUGACAAAGUAAUAAAUUUAAUCAAAGAAUUAAACUUACAGAAAUCACAACCGACGGAAACACAACCUAAACAACAAGCAGGUAUGGAUUCAUCUCUUGAUUCACGACUUGAAAGAAUUCUUGUAGCUACAGAAAAACCAAGUAAAACCUAUUCCAGGUCAAGAUCUACUGAUCAAACAAAAGUAAGAUUGAUUGAAACAACAAAAAGCAGUCAGGUGGCUGUUUUCGAAAAACGAUCACACAAAUAUGCAGCAUUCGUACCCCCAACAGCUGAUCGCACACCUCGUCUAUUCCCGUAUCCAAUACCAUGGGAUAGACAGUCACGGAAACCUAUGUGUUUAGGCUGGAAACCUCCAGUUUACUCAAUUGAAGGAUGGACUGAACCAAGGAAUUUCUCUGAAAUUUCAGAAGAAAGAAAACGUAUGUUUCAAACACCGAUUCCGAAUGUUCCUCCACCUGAUCCAAUAACUGGAUGUCCUAGAAAUCCCGGUGGUCGUACUGGAGUUAAUGGAAAAGGACAUUUACCUCAAUGGGGCGCAAAUUCAGCCAUUAUAAUAAUCAUAACACGACAACCAAACGAUUCGAAGGACACACCUGAGAGCGCUUUUAAAGUUGUUGUGUAUAAAAAUCCACUAGGCUCUCAACUUCCAUGGUUUCUUGUACAACAUCCAACUGACUGUAAUCGGACAGCGUGUAUAAACGAAAUAUUUGAUAUUGUUACGAAGAGUCGUAUGAAGCGCUUAGCAAAAUCAAUGCCAAUAAAGAAAACAAUUUUAGGAGAAACUUUGAAAAAAUUCAUUAGCUUAACUACAAAAAUUAUUUUUACUGGAUAUUUGGAUGAUGCAAUCAAUACAGAUAACGCCUGGAUCGAACCAACUGUAGUCCAUAAACAUAUUUCUGAUCCUGAUUUCGAUUAUGAUGGACUUCUCCAGCUACUUACUCCAGAAGGAGUCAAUGCAGUAUGGUUAGAUUCAACAGAUACAGUAGGCAUGAGAUCGAGUCAUGAGAGAAUUCUUCGCAAAAUUGGAAAACGAAUAAAAUCUUCCAGUUUAGAAAUGUCAAAAACCAAAAAGGAAGUCACUUUCCACGAGUAAUUUAAACAGAGACAAACGAAACAUCAUCCGAACUUCAUAACUGGUUAGUAUCUAGAUUUUCACAUAAUUAACUGUAAUUCUGUUGUAUUUUUAAAAACAGAUUUGAACAUGUAUAUUAUUCUACCAUUUUGAUAAGCAAUAGCAAUAUUUCAUUAUUGAAUUCCAAGGGAAAAAGAUUCUCACAUUUGUACAGUAAGAUUUCUGAGUAAAGCUAUUAGAAAUUCAUGCAGUUAAUGUACAACUUUUGGUGAUUCCCUUUUUCAAUUCGAGUAGAUUCAUCAUGAUGAUCAUCUACGACCAAACAUCUUUGAUAUAUCCCUCUUUGGUUCCCUACUUUACGUUCUAUCUAGCUAGUAUUGUAAAAGUUUAUAAAAAGAUAAACUUUGACUACUCAGAUAUGUACUUCUUAUUACCAUUAUUCGAUGUUGUCUUUUCUUCUUUCUAAUUUUUUUUGCAAUAUGAAUAUUGAUAAUGUAAACACUACCUUUUGUGAGCUGAGUUUGUUGUCUGCAUGAUCUCCCGAACGACCUAGACAAUUUGACGCCUAGAACCAAUGGAUUUUUUUUGAACAAAAUAAUUUAUACAUCAAUGACAACUAAUAAAAACACAAACAGUGAGUGUGGUAAGCGAAGUUAAUGUUGUUAGUCAUAUACUAAACGUAUGAACCAAAAUUUCUGCCUUAAGAAGUU